CUUUCGGGAUCAGGAGAAGUUCUGCAGGCCCGCGAGCCCGUCCGUCCACUCAACUCGGCUCGCUGUCGCCCCUGGGCUUUGGGGAGAUGACGUCCAAGACCGAUGUCGGCUUCGUGAAGGAGGCUUCUCGGCAGAUAGUGGCUGGUGGUUCCGCUGGUCUUGUAGAAAUUUGCCUGAUGCACCCCCUCGAUGUGGUGAAAACCAGGUUCCAAAUUCAGAGAUGUUCAACUGAUCCAAACAGUUACAAAAGCUUAGGAGACAGCUUUCGAACAAUUUUCCGAAGAGAAGGGCUGUUUGGUUUUUACAAAGGAAUUCUACCACCCAUAUUGGCUGAAACACCAAAAAGAGCAGUGAAGUUUUUCACCUUUGAGCAGUAUAAGAAAUUGCUAGGAUCUGUGUCACUGUCACCAGCAUUGACAUUUGCCAUUGCUGGACUGGGAUCUGGACUAACAGAAGCCAUCGUGGUUAACCCUUUUGAGGUAGUAAAAGUUGGCUUGCAAGCCAAUCGGAACAAAUUUGUAGAGCAACCCUCCACUGUGAGUUAUGCAAGACACAUCAUUAAGGAGGAAGGCUUGGGCCUCCGGGGCCUCAACAAGGGAUUUACCGCGACGUUGGGGCGUCAUGGAGUUUUCAACAUGGUUUAUUUUGGCUUCUACUACAAUGUCAAAAACAUUAUCCCUAUCAAUAAGGAUCCAACCUUGGAGUUUUUGAGAAAAUUUGGGAUUGGUCUUCUCUCAGGCACAAUAGCCUCAGUCAUUAACAUCCCUUUUGAUGUUGCCAAAAGUAGGAUUCAAGGGCCUCAGCCAGUUCCUGGAGAGAUCAAGUACAGAACCUGUUUUAAAACAAUGGCAACGGUCUAUCAGGAAGAAGGGAUUCUAGCUCUGUACAAAGGCCUGCUUCCCAAGAUUAUGAGGCUUGGACCAGGUGGCGCAGUGAUGCUGCUGGUUUAUGAAUAUGCCUAUUCGUGGCUUCAGGAGAACUGGUGAUUGCCUAUGAAGUGUUUUUACCCCUUGAGAUAAUUCAUAUUUGCUAUAUGGCACUUUGAGACUAUCAGCUAAACUGAUACAAUUCCAAAUUAUAAUUAUACAAUAAUCAUAUACAAUUAUAAAGGGGAAAACAAUUUAAGGACAAAACCUUCAAAAAUUGUGAUACUUCAAAAAUUAUCUCUACAUAAUUUGAGACUGUAGUUAUGGCUAUAUGCAUAAAUUGUAAGAAGAAAAAUAAUAUAAGGCAAUAAGGUAUGGAGACUGAAUAUAGAAAAGUAGCAUAGAAAUGGUAUAUAAGAAAUAGCAUAGAAAAGCAAUAUAAAUUCUGUGACUUAUGUUUAACCUGCAUCAUUAUACAAUGAAAUCCAUUGUUUGAUUAAUUAUUUUUCCCAAGUGGCCAAGAAAUGCUUAAAGUAAAAAAAAAAAAAUUAAAACAUUUCUGUUAAGAAUUAAACUCUUCCAUAAAUACUAUUUAAAAGUCAUAAUGAAAAUAUUUUUGAAGUGCACUAAAAUGGUCUUUUAAAAAUAUUGACUUUAAUGUUAAAAUGUAAAUCUUUUUUUUAGUAAUAAUACAUAUCUCAGCUCUACUUUGAAAAAUCUACUUUAUAUUUUGCAAUGUUGUUUAAAGCAGGUCAUUCUUUAAAAUCUAGAUAUUUGAAGUCUCUUAUGACAUGAAGUUAUAUUAAACUACUUUCCUUCAUAUUGUUCCCUUUGAAAACCAGUUUUGUUGCUGAAAUGUGCUCAUGUUAAGUCACAGGUUGGAACCACUCCUUGGGCCCAUUUGUGCUGUCUGCCUUUGCACCCAAAUACCUUUGUUAACAACUCUUACUAUGCCAUUCUUAAAAAGGAUGUUUAAAGUAAAAGUACAUUCCCAGAUUACUAGUUAUAAGUACCAGCUUCAGGUGUGAAGUCUAUUUGCAAUGUUAAGAUAUGUAUUAUUCAGGAAAAAAUAACGUUUCAAAUAGAAGUACAUUCUUAGCAUUUCCAAAGAUUCCUGCUCUAACACACGCUUCAACAAAUAUCUUCUUGGCUUUGAUAUAACCACAGAAUUUUAUAACUGCAUCCUUAAGUGAUGCUACUUCAGUAGCUAAAAAUCACCCAAAAUAUCUGCAUGUUCUGCGUGACACCUGUUAUUAAUUAUGACUAUGGGGUGUUUCUGCCAUGAGGCUAUGUCACUAAGGUAUUUUGAAAAUAAAAAAUAAAAGAUAACAUGGUAAUUAUUACUUUUUAUUAACUUAGAGCAUUUGAAGUAUAAAAAUAAAGGCUUUUGACAUACUGUAUAUACAUACGCAGCCUU